AUGCGCUCUUUGGCUCCAGCCGAUCAGCCAUCUGGUAUUGUCUCCACAUCCCUUGCGUCUACAGUUGAUACUUCCUCUUCUCUCAGCAUGCCAGAGAAUUUCCAAAUUCCACCUUUCCCUGGAAAUUCAGAUUCUCCACACCUCUCUCUUCCUGUAGUGAACAAUGCAGCCUCCCUAACAGGAAGUGUCUGCAAUUUCUCCAGAGUCCCUGCUUCAGCCGUCAGUUCCGCAUGGCUACUACCAUCAGCCUCUGGGACCUCUUUCCAACCACUCAUGAGUAACGCCUAUCUUUACCAACAUGCUAGUGCAACUGUGUUGUCUGGAGGUGCUGGCGGGAGCCAGAUCUCUACCUCAGCUGCUUGCAAUCCUGGUGUUUUUGAGUGGGCUAUCACAGGAGACUCUAAAAAGGAGUUAUCAUCACUCAGAGACUUCACUGUGACUGUCAUUGGCCAGGACACAGGUGUUUCUUCCAUGUCUAUGGCAUCCCAGUAUGAUACCACUUCAGAUGCCAAUAACAUGGCCUCUCUGUGUCCAUCACUUUCUGCUCGCCUUGUUCAGGUGGCACCUUCUCAUAUUCCAAAUCAGGGACAUAGCCUGUCACUUCCCUACCAGGGAGUAAGUCAAGGAUAUUACUAUAAUCAAGUUCCACUGGGUCCUCUGCCAUCAGGAGAACUCGGCUCCUACCUCCAAUCCUAUGGCUCCGUUGUUUCUUACACGGAGAGCAGAGCCUCUGUCCAUCAGCCAGAGUUGGUCAUGGUACUAAAGGAGAUCCAGCCCACAAAUGUGAUACCACCAGCCUCCACCUCGGGAAUCUACUCCUCUGUGUCUGCUCAACCCAUCACACACACAAGUUUUCAAGCGAUGGAGAGUUCCCUGAGGAUGGAGUCAUCCCUGGGAUUGCAACCUCCAAGCCAAACACUGUGUCUCCCACAAAUGCCAGAAUUCCCCAAGGCCUGCAGUAGCAGAAAUAUCCAGACACUCGAGAGUAAUCCACCAGCUGCGCUUGGGGACAUUUCAAUGGUAGCUCCAGUCCAGAGUUCUAGUAAUCUCCUGGCACUGGCUCCAUCUCCAAGCCAAGAACAGAAAGAGAAUAAUAAUUUGGAUGAUAUUAAAGACAACCUUUCAAAAUCUCUCGAUGCCUACCAUUUUCCAAUAGAAAACCAGGGUUCUCCACUGCUCCCUUUAGAAGCCCCUGAUAUUCACCAGCUCCUGGCCUGCAUUGAUCCUCUAGUCCCAGAAAAGCAGCCUGGUUGUGAAAAUGCUGGUCUCAGAGAUAAUAGCCUAAGUCUUGACUACAGUCUUAAAAACCAAGAGAUACUUGAAUAUGGGACUGAAUCUAAUGAUGAUUUUGCAGACAUUGCUACACUGGUGGAGGAUAUUCACCUUCCACAGAUCUUACAUCCCUUGGAUGACCUUGAUCAAUCCAAAGGGCCUGGGGAGAUCAAAGCCCAAAAUAACAGAGACAUCAAGUUGAACGAGGUACAGGAAAACGCAAGUGUCAUUAAGGCUCCUUCUGAUCAAGCCAGGAAGAACAAACAUAGAGCCUCGGAGCCCAUCAGUGGUGCUCCCAAGGCCAAAAUCAAGCCCGAGAGCCCAGACUGCGUGUGCUUGGGAGAAGUGGGUAUUUGCAAUGCGGCAGCCAGUGACAGGGCUCCUGCGAGCACAGCCAGGCAUUCUAACAGCAAACCUCAGAAAGCUGCGUCCAGCAGGAACCGAGCAACUAAGAGCCAUGGGCAGGAAAAGAACAAAAGAAACAAAGACAACAACUCCAAGAAAGCUGAAGAGAGUAAGCAGUCAGGGAGCAAACCUAAGGCAGAAGAGAAGUCAACAUUUCCCAAGAUGAAGAGGAAGAGAAAUCAACCUGAGCUGACCCAGGAGACCUUCAAAAAGCCUCGGACCUGCCUAGGUAUGCAUAUGCUGGAAUCUGUGCAGGUGUUUCAUGCACUAGGGAAGAAGCCUGAUAAGAAAACUGAACUGUUUUCCUCCCGGGCCCUGGGAAUCUCAAGCAACCCUAAAGGCCACCAGUCACCCCCACCUACCAAACGAUGGUUGGAUACCUUGGGUGAAGGCAAAGGUCCUGAGAAAUCUCAAGUCAAAUGCCAGAAACCAGAUGACAGCGCUGAAAAAGAGUGUUCAUCUCCAUCUCAGUAUGAGCUGCCACCACCUGGCAAGGUCAAGCUGGUACCUUUGCCUUUUCUUAACUUGGACAAGCCUCAAGCUCGACCAGUUCCUCGCAGGCCACCAUCCCUGGCACAGCGUCGGCCUGCUGUGGCUAACCCUGCCCGGCCUGCCUCUAAUUCAGGUCAGCCUACUGCAGUGAACUCAUCCAGACCAACUCCUGCGCCUUUGACAGGUCCUGCCAGACCAGCUCAGCCAACGUCGAGCAACCCGUCCCGACCAGCUUUGACCAGCCCUGCCCGGCCUGAUUUGAGCAGCACUACCUGCCCUAGUGUGCCUCAGUCUGCUGCUCCUAGGCCUGCGACCUACAAAACAUCAGCUUGCACUUCUUUCCAACGGGAGCCCAUUCGCACAGCUGUGACCAAGCCCCAGUCCCCACUCAAGCCUCAGAACAAAUAUCUACUCCAGGAUUUCGCCUUCCAACCAACUCCAUGGAAGAAACCCACUGUCCCUGAGCCAGCCAUGUCGAAGCCCAUCACGGAGGAGCAGAGGCCAGAGCGGGAGGCCAUGAAGAGGAUGGCUCAGCUAGAGCGUGAGAAUGCUGCCAAAUACACUGCUCUGGGUAAAGUGCAAUAUUUCAUUGAAAGGGAAAAAGAAAUGGAAAUUUCUCGAUACUAUGGAUAUGCGAUAUAA